UGGAUGGAUCCUGCGCUCGACUCGAUUUGACUUCUGCUCUUGAAUCCCUCCAUCCCUUGCUCCCUCACCCGCUUCGAUCAUGAUGGACAACUUCUCGACCCUGCACUUGGCUUUGCCAGCCGUGCACACCGUUGCCAGCGCCACUGCUCCCGUCACGACAUUGGCCCAGCCUAGAGCCUUCUCCACCAGCGUCAACCCCCUGGUGUUCUUCAGCAUUCUCGAUCACUACCUGCGCCGCAACGCUGAUCAGGACAGAGUCAUCGGUACCCUUUUGGGUGUCCGUAGCGAGGAUGGUGCCGAGGUCGAGAUCAAGGGAUGCUACCCCGUUCCCCAUCUCGAGUCCCAAGACCAGGUCGAGGUCGAUAUGGAGUACCACCGUACCAUGUUUGAUCUCCACAAGCAGGUUAACCCUAAGGAGGUCAUUGUUGGAUGGUAUGCCACUGGCGCCAAUCUCAACUCGUACUCUGCCUUGAUUCACGAUUUCUACCAGAAGGAAGUCUCGUCCUUCCCUGCAGUUCACCUCACCAUGGACACUGCCUUGACCAACGAGCGUUUGGGCGUCAAGACCUAUAUCUCUGCCCCUGUCGGCAUCACAUCCAAGGCUGUCAACUGCAUGUUUAUCCCCAUACCUUGCGAUGUCAAGUACUUCAAGGCUGAGAGAGCUGGACUCGAACUCCUUGCCAGUGCCAAGAACAACGAGAGCGGAUCGACCACAUUGCUUUCGGACAUGGACAACCUGGAGCGCGCAGUGAUUGAGGUUCAGAGCAUGUUGGAACGUGUUUCGGAAUACGUUGAUGCAGUACUUGCAGGAACCGUUCCCGCCAACAACACUGUUGGCCGCUAUCUCAUGGAUACUGUCAGUGUUGUCCCCAAGGUUGAUGCUGCCGAGUUUGAAAAGAUGUUCAACUCUCACCUCCAGGAUCUCCUCAUGGUCAUUUACUUGGCCAACAUGACGAGGACCCAGUUGGCCGUUGCAAAGAGACUGGAGAAAUUGUUGUAAUAGUAGAAAGGAAGACCUCUGCCUUUUGUUGCGUGGGAGGAAGGAGGAAAGUUGGGACAUUGGGAAGAUAGAGUUGCAGAAAGAACGUGUAAGAUCAUCCAAGAUAGUUAGAUUGUAUGUGACAAAAAAACGCUCCCCCAAUACGAAUGCUAUCCUAAGGCUAUCAAUCACACCUUGUCGUCUUAUUUCCCCGCAUCUAUCGAAGCCUGCCGAAACAAAAGGCUUCGCGUUCUUGGCAGUGCAUGCAUGCGUUGAUACCUAUAAAAUCUGCACUCUUUGACAACUCUCCAUCGCUCCCUACCUUGCAAAUGC